AUGGCGGACGCGGUGCUGGCAGCGCUGGGGGCGGCAGCGCCGUUCCUGCGGCCCGGGGAGCGGGAGCGGCUGGCAGCGCAGACCAGACCCUUCGACCCGCGCAGCGAGUGCUUCGUCCCACACCCCCGGGAGGAGUUCGUGCGGGGCCGGGUGACGGGGCGGCAGGGAGGGGAGGCCACCGUGCAGACUGAGCUGGGAGAGACCGUGACGGUGAAGGAAGCUGACAUUCACCAGCAGAACCCCCCCAAAUUUGACAAGAUCGAGGACAUGGCGAUGCUGACCUUCCUCCAUGAGCCUGCUGUCCUUUACAACCUCAAGGAGCGCUACGCCUCUUGGCUGAUCUAUACCUACUCGGGGCUCUUCUGUGUGACUGUCAACCCCUACAAGUGGUUGCCUGUCUACAAUGCCGAGGUGGUGGCUGCCUACCGGGGAAAGAAGCGGAGUGAAGCUCCACCCCACAUCUUCUCCAUCUCUGACAAUGCCUACCAGAACAUGCUGACAGACCGAGAGAACCAGUCCAUCCUCAUCACCGGAGAAUCCGGGGCGGGGAAGACAGUCAACACCAAGAGGGUCAUCCAAUACUUUGCCAGCAUUGCUGCCAUUGGCGACCGCAAGAAGGAGGUGACCAAUAGCAGCAAGGUGACAUUGUCCCACCCCAUGCAGGGCACCCUGGAGGACCAGAUCAUCCAGGCCAACCCUGCCUUGGAGGCCUUCGGCAAUGCCAAGACCCUCCGCAACGACAACUCCUCCCGAUUUGGAAAGUUCAUCCGGAUCCAUUUUGGGGCCACCGGGAAGUUGGCAUCGGCUGACAUUGAGACCUACCUCCUGGAGAAGUCCCGUGUUAUCUUCCAGCUGAAGGCUGAGAGGAACUACCACAUCUUUUACCAGAUCCUUUCCAACAAGAAGCCAGAGCUGCUGGAGAUGCUUCUCAUCACGAACAACCCCUAUGACUACAGUUAUGUCUCCCAAGGAGAGGUGACUGUGGCCUCCAUUGAUGACUCUGAAGAGCUGUUGGCAACUGACAGCGCUUUUGAUGUCCUGGGCUUCACAGCUGAGGAGAAGGCUGGUGUCUACAAGCUGACAGGUGCCAUCAUGCACUUUGGCAACAUGAAGUUCAAGCAGAAGCAACGGGAAGAGCAGGCAGAACCAGAUGGUACUGAAGAUGCUGACAAGUCAGCCUACUUGAUGGGGCUGAACUCGGCUGAUCUUCUCAAGGGGUUGUGUCACCCACGGGUGAAGGUGGGCAAUGAAUAUGUCACCAAGGGGCAGAAUGUCCAGCAGGUGUACUACUCCAUUGGAGCCUUGGCCAAGGCUGUAUAUGAGAAGAUGUUUAACUGGAUGGUGGUGAGGAUCAACAACUCCCUGGACACCAAGCAGCCAAGGCAGUACUUCAUUGGUGUGCUAGACAUCGCUGGAUUUGAGAUCUUUGAUUUCAACAGCUUUGAGCAGCUCUGCAUCAACUUCACCAACGAGAAGCUGCAGCAGUUUUUCAACCACCACAUGUUUGUGCUGGAGCAAGAGGAAUACAAGAAGGAGGGCAUUGAGUGGGAGUUCAUUGACUUUGGCAUGGACCUCCAGGCCUGCAUUGACCUCAUUGAGAAGCCCAUGGGGAUCAUGUCCAUCCUGGAGGAGGAGUGCAUGUUUCCCAAAGCCUCAGACAUGACCUUCAAGGCCAAGCUCUUUGAUAAUCACCUGGGCAAGUCUGCCAACUUUGGGAAGCCACGCAAUGUCAAGGGGAAGCCAGAAGCCCAUUUCUCUCUUGUCCACUAUGCUGGCACAGUGGAUUACAACAUUAUUGGGUGGCUGGAGAAGAACAAGGACCCUCUCAAUGAGACAGUGGUGGGGCUCUACCAGAAAUCAGCCCUGAAGCUCUUGGCCAACCUCUUCUCCAACUACGCUGGGGCAGAUGCUGGUGGUGAUGGAGGGAAGGGGAAAGGAGCCAAGAAGAAAGGUUCCUCCUUUCAGACCGUCUCAGCACUGCAUCGGGAGAACCUCAACAAGCUGAUGGCCAACCUCAAGACCACCCACCCUCACUUUGUCCGCUGCAUCAUCCCCAAUGAGCGGAAGGAGCCGGGUGAGCAAAGGGCAGGGCUGAGGGCAGGGAGAAGGGUGGUAGGUGUGGCUUGUGGCUGACACCACCCCUCUGACCCACUGCCAGGUGUGAUGGACAAUCCCCUGGUAAUGCACCAGCUGCGCUGCAACGGGGUGCUAGAGGGCAUCCGCAUCUGCCGCAAGGGCUUCCCCAAUCGCAUCCUCUAUGGGGACUUCCGACAGCGGUACCGCAUCCUGAACCCUGCUGCCAUCCCUGAGGGGCAGUUCAUUGACAGUCGUAAGGGCGCUGAGAAACUCCUGGGAUCCAUUGACAUUGACCACAACCAGUACAAAUUUGGACACACCAAGGUCUUCUUCAAGGCUGGGCUGCUGGGACUGCUGGAGGAGAUGCGGGACGAGCGGCUCUCCCGCAUCAUCACCCGCAUCCAGGCUCAGGCCCGAGGACAGCUCAUGCGCAUUGAGUUCAAGAAGAUCCUGGAGCGCCGGGACUCACUGCUGGUGAUCCAGUGGAACAUCAGGGCCUUCAUGGGGGUGAAGAACUGGCCUUGGAUGAAGCUCUACUUCAAGAUCAAGCCCUUGUUGAAGAGUGCUGAGACAGAAAAGGAGAUGCAGAACAUGAAGGAAGAGUUUGGGCGGCUGAAGGAGGCCCUGGAGAAGUCGGAGACCCGGCGCAAGGAGCUGGAAGAAAAGAUGGUCUCCAUGCUGCAGGAGAAGAAUGACCUUCAGCUCCAAGUGCAGGCCGAGCAGGACAACCUGAAUGAUGCUGAGGAGCGCUGUGACCAGCUGAUCAAGAACAAGAUCCAGCUGGAGGCCAAGGUGAAGGAGCUUACAGAGAGACUGGAGGAUGAGGAAGAGAUGAACGCCGAGCUGACAGCUAGGAAGAGGAAGCUGGAGGAUGAGUGUUCAGAGCUGAAGAAGGAUAUUGAUGAUCUAGAGCUGACUCUGGCCAAGGUGGAGAAGGAGAAACAUGCCACUGAGAACAAGGUCAAGAACCUCACAGAGGAGAUGGCUGGGCUGGAUGAAACCAUCGCAAAGCUAACAAAGGAAAAGAAGGCCCUGCAAGAAUCUCACCAGCAGACACUGGAUGACCUGCAGGCAGAGGAGGACAAAGUCAACACCCUGACAAAGGCCAAACUCAAGAUGGAACAGCAAGUGGAUGAUCUUGAAGGCUCCUUGGAACAGGAGAAGAAGGUCCGGAUGGACCUGGAACGGGCAAAAAGGAAGCUGGAAGGCGACUUGAAGCUGACCCAGGAGAACAUAAUGGACUUGGAGAAUGACAAGCAGCAGCUGGAGGAGAAGCUCAAGAAGAAAGAGUUUGAGAUCAACCAGCAGAACAGCAAGGUUGAGGAUGAGCAGGCUCUGGCUCUGCAGCUCCAGAAGAAGCUGAAAGAGCUGCAGGCACGGAUUGAGGAGCUGGAGGAGGAGCUGGAAGCAGAGCGGACAGGAAGAGCCAAGGUGGAGAAGCUGCGCUCAGACCUGUCACGGGAGCUGGAGGAGAUCAGCGAGCGGCUGGAGGAGGCGGGUGGUGUCACAUCAGUGCAGAUCGAGCUCAACAAGAAGCGGGAGGCAGAGUUCCAGAAGAUGCGGCGGGACCUGGAGGAGGCCACGCUGCAGCAUGAGGCCACGGCUGCUGCGCUGCGCAAGAAGCACGCCGACAGUGUGGCCGAGCUCAGCGAGCAGAUCGACAACUUACAGCGCGUCAAACAGAAGCUGGAGAAGGAGAAGAGCGACCUCAAGCUGGAGCUGGAUGACCUCAGCUCCAACAUGGAGCAACUCAUAAAAGCCAAGGUGGGCAUGGAGAAGAUCUCUCGCACCAUGGAGGACCAGGCAGCUGAACACCGGGCCAAGUUGGAGGAGACACAACGAGUCCUCAAUGACACCAGCACCCAACGGGCCAAGCUCCAGACUGAGAAUGGAGAGCUGUCCCGCCAGCUGGAGGAAAAGGAGGCCCUUGUCUCUCAAUUAACUAGGGGCAAGCAGUCAUACACCCAGCAGAUGGAGGACUUGAAGAGGCAGCUGGAGGAGGAGAUGAAGGCCAAGAAUGCACUGGCCCAUGCCCUGCAGUCAGCCCGGCAUGACUGUGACCUUCUGAGGGAGCAGUAUGAGGAGGAGACAGAGGCCAAGGCUGAGCUCCAGCGCUCACUCUCCAAGGCCAACUCUGAGGUGGCACAGUGGAGGACCAAGUAUGAGACAGAUGCCAUCCAGCGCACUGAGGAACUGGAGGAGGCCAAGAAGAAGCUGGCCCAGCGGCUGCAGGAGGCUGAGGAGGCGGUGGAGGCGGUCAAUGCCAAGUGUUCCUCCCUGGAGAAGACCAAACACCGGCUGCAAAAUGAGAUUGAGGACCUAAUGGCAGAUGUAGAGCGAUCAAAUGCAGCAGCAGCUGCAUUGGACAAGAAGCAGAGAAACUUUGACAAGAUCUUGUCUGAGUGGAAGCAGAAGUUUGAAGAGUCACAGAUGGAGCUGGAGGCAUCGCAGAAAGAGGCCAGGUCCCUCAGCACUGAGCUCUUCAAGCUGAAGAAUGCCUAUGAGGAGUCGCUUGAGCACCUGGAAACCUUCAAAAGGGAGAACAAGAACCUCCAAGAGGAGAUCUCGGACCUGACGGAACAACUGGGUGGCAGCCACAAGACCAUCCAUGAACUGGAGAAGGUCCGGAAGCAGCUGGAUGCUGAGAAACUGGAGCUCCAAGCUGCACUGGAGGAGGCUGAGGCCUCUCUGGAACAUGAGGAGGGAAAGAUCCUGAGGGCUCAACUGGAGUUCAACCAGGUCAAGGCAGACUAUGAGCGCAAGCUGGCUGAGAAGGAUGAGGAGAUGGAGCAGGCCAAGCGCAACCACCUGCGGGUGGUGGACUCACUGCAGACCUCGCUGGAUGCUGAGACCCGGAGCCGCAACGAGGCCCUGAGGCUGAAGAAGAAGAUGGAGGGUGACCUCAAUGAGAUGGAGAUUCAGCUCAGCCAUGCCAACCGUGUGGCUGCUGAAGCUCAGUCCCACCUGAAAGGAGCCCAGGCUCACCUCAAGGACACCCAACUGCAGCUGGAUGAUGUGGUAAGAGCCAAUGAAGACCUGAAGGAGAAUAUUGCCAUUGUGGAGAGGAGAAACAACCUUCUCCAGUCAGAGCUGGAGGAGAUGCAGGCAGUGGUGGAACAGACUGAGAGGGCCCGUAAGUUGGCUGAGCAGGAGCUGAUUGAGGCCAGUGAGAGGGUCCAGCUUCUCCACUCACAGAACACCAGCCUCAUCAACCAGAAGAAGAAGAUGGAGGCUGACAUCUCCCAGCUGCAGACAGAGGUGGAAGAGGCCAUCCAGGAGUGCAGGAAUGCUGAGGAGAAGGCCAAGAAAGCCAUCACUGAUGCGGCCAUGAUGGCAGAGGAGCUGAAGAAGGAGCAGGACACCAGUGCCCAUCUGGAGCGGAUGAAGAAGAACAUGGAGCAGACCAUCAAGGACCUGCAGAUGAGGCUGGAUGAGGCUGAGCAGCUGGCCCUGAAAGGGGGCAAGAAGCAGCUGCAGAAGCUGGAGGCUCGUGUGCGGGAGCUGGAGAAUGAGCUGGAGGCUGAGCAGAAGCGCAAUGCUGAGAGCAUUAAGGGUCUCCGCAAGUCCGAGCGUCGUGUCAAGGAACUCAGCUACCAGACAGAGGAAGACCGUAAAAAUAUGAUCCGGCUCCAAGACCUCGUGGACAAGCUCCAGCUGAAGGUCAAGGCCUACAAGCGACAGGCAGAGGAGGCGGAGGAACAGGCCAACACCAACCUGGCCAAGUUCCGCAAGGCGCAGCACGAGCUGGAUGAGGCAGAGGAGCGUGCCGACAUCGCCGAGUCCCAGGUCAACAAGCUGCGGGCCAAGAGCCGCGACAUUGGAGCCAAGAAGGGACUCAAUGAAGAGUGAAGAUCCGGAUCUCCAAGUAUCCCACCUGAACUUGCAGCUGUCCCAUUUAGACUUCCAAGUGCCCAAUUCCCCCUAGCCCCCAAGCUUGGAAAGCCAAUAAAAACCAUAGAGC